AUGAUUAAACAAAUAAAUAUAAUGGGAGAAAUUAAUUGGCAACUUAAAAUGGAAGUCGGGGAAUUAGAAAAUAAAAAUUUAGUGCUUGAAGAACAAGCUAAGAAGGCUAAUGAAAACAACGAAGAGCUAAAUAAAACAAUUAAUAAAUUACUAGGUGAAUUAGAAAAAUCAAAAAAGGAAAAGGAUUUGAAUUUUGUCAAGCUUCUAAAUGGUUGGAAAUUAGUUGAAAACAUUAAUCCUUGUUGUAACAAAAAAUGUGAGAAAAAAUAUAGUGGUCGUUGUAUUCAAGGAAAUGGAUGUAUUCGAGUGAAAUUAAAUGGGAAAUUAAAAUAUAAUAAACGAAUAGAUGAUAAAGGUAGGGAAAUUUAUAAAGGAAAACUUUUAAAGAAGGAUUUAAAAAAUAUAAAAGUUAAUCUAGCUAUUCAAGUGGUGCUUGGUAAUCCUUUUAGAUUGGACAUAUCGAAGCUUUUGUCAAUUUUUUCUAAAUUAUUUUGUCAAAUUUAA